CAGGAGUGCAGCCAGCGGCCGUAGGUCUGCCAGCAGCUUCCUGGACGGACGUGCGCCGCCAGCGGGCCUCUGCUUCGUCGCGCACGCUCACGGACAAGGCGGCUGUUCUGCGCCGCAUGCGCGCGCAGUCGCAGAUGGUCCACGCGCUGCAGUACUACGGGGAGGUGUCCGUGGGAACACCACCUCAGAUCUUCACGGUGAUAUUCGACACGGGCAGCGGCCACUUGUUGGUGCCCUCGGCCAAGUGCGAGAGCGAGGCCUGCAGCAGGCACGCACGCUUCUGGGCUCAGAACAGCAGCACCGCCGUGCCGAUCGCUUGGGCCGACGAGCCGCUGGAGCGCGCCACGGACGAGAGCGACCGCGACACGAAGGUGAUCAAUUUCGCCAGCGGGGACGCGAUCGGACAGUUCACGCGCGACCGCGUCUGCCUCGGCGCGGAGAAGCUGUUCUGCGCCGACGCCGACUUCGUCGAGAUGACGGAGGAGUCGAACAAUCCCUUCAGGGAUGCAGACUGGGACGGCGUCCUGGGCCUCGGCCAGUCGAUCAGCGACGCCGCCGAGUUCAACGUGUUCGGCGUGCUGGCCCAGCACUCGUCCCCCAGGAUGAGCCGCCCCCUCUUCGCCGUGUACCUGGGCAGGCGCGUCGAGGACGAGGCGGAGAUCACCUUCGGCGACGUGCGCAUGGAGCGCGCGGCCUCGAACCUGACCUGGGUCAACGUCUCCGAGGAGGGCUACUGGCAGUUCCAGUUCUCCGACUUCACGGUGGACGGGAGGGAGACGGGCAUGUGCGAGAAGUACGGCGCGCGGAGGUGCCAGGCGGUGCUGGACACGGGCAGUUCCUUGAUGAUGGGCCCGCAGCAGGACCUGGACCAGUUGUUGCGGCUCCUGACCUUCGGCAACGACACACAGAUGAACUGCACUGACAACAACAGCUUCCCGACGCUGGGCUUCGUGAUCGCGGGGAAGAGGUUCGAGAUGCAGCCCGAAGACUACAUGGAUCGCGCACACGACCCAGCCUCGCCUCCCGGUGUGGACUCGUGCUGGGCGCACUUGAUGCCCAUAGGCGACACCGGCCGCGGCCCCAUAUUGGUCCUGGGGAUGCCGUUCCUGCGGACGUUCUACACGGCCUACGACGUCCAGGCGCCGCGCUGCUCAUCGCGGGGGUCGGAUGUUGUUGUGGCGCUCCUCAUGUUCCUCUUCGUCUUCCUCAUCCUCCCCCUUCUCCUCAUCAUCAUCAACAACAACAGCCCAUCCCGCCUCAACGUCCUCCUUAUCCUCCUCCUCAUCAUCCUCCUCCUCAUGUUCAUCCACCUCCUGCUCCUACUCCUACUCCUGCUCGUCCUCCUCCCCCUCCUCACCCUCCUCCUCCUUCUCCUCCUCCUCCUCCUCCUCCUCCUCCUCCUCCUCCUCCUCCUCCUCCUCCUCCUCCUCCUCUUCCUCCCUCCUCAUCCUUCCCUUUCUCCUACGCAUACUCAUCCCCAUUCCCCCCUCCUCGGCCGCCGCCGCCCACUCCUCGUCUCCCGCCUCCUGCUCCUCAUCCUGCCCCUCCUCGGCCUCCUGUCCUCUGGUCAUCCUCAUCUUCCUACGUUCAGCCCUUCUGCGGCUGAAGAGGCGAGGCGUCUGGACCCCUUUGGAUGGGAUCGGAUUCGGACUUCGCUCGCUGCAGACCCUCGUCCUCCUCUUGCUCUUUACCCUCCUCCCGCCUCCUCAUCCUCUCGUUCUUUCUCGUGCGCCCAGUCCUCUCCUCAUCCCCUUCCCCUCCCUCCCCCGCUCCAUCUCCCCGCAGUGCCUCCCCCUCCCCCUCCUCCGCCCGCUCUCCCCUCGUGUUCUCCCCUCUCCGUUUGCCCUCUCCUCCUCUCUCCCGCCCGCCCCUCGCCCUCUCCUCCCGCCCUCCCCCCUUUCCUCUCCGCGCGCGCCCUCUCUUGCCCCGCUCCCCUCCGCCCUCUUCCCACCAUCUCCUUCCCUCAUCUCCCCUAUCGCUCUCUCCCUUGCUCUCCUUCCCUCGGAUCCACUUCCUUCCACCCCCCCCCCCCCCCGUCGGCCUCGCCCCUCCCCAUCUCCCUCGCCCUCCCCCCAUUCCCCCCACCCCCCCCGCCCCACCCCUCGCCGCAUGUGCACCCCUCUCCCCAUUCUCCCCGCCCACCCCCCACCACCCAUGCCGAGCUCGGCCCCCACGCCCUCCGUCAUCUCGGCCGCCCGAGUGGCCGUCGUCUCGGCCGCGCGAAGCCAGCCGAGGCCAAGGAGGAGAGGCGGGAGGCAGGUAGCAGACGGAGAGGGGCGACGACGACGAACAGGAGCGAGCGGACCGCGACUGGGGCGAGAGGACGAGGACGAGGAAGGGCCCGAGCGAAGACCCGCGCGAGGACGAGGAGGAGCAGGGGAGGAGGGAGGACGAAGGGGGGAGGGACGAAGGAGGGAUAA